AUGGAAAUGAAAAAUUGGAAUGAUUUCGAUGCAUGCGAAAAAUUGAAGACUCGAAUCGCAAAUGCAGCCGAAACACACGAUCGCACGGUCGUCAUCAGCAUACUUACUGACGUUCAACAGGUGAUGGCAUCGACGACAGAGCUGACUGCGCGAAAUCUUCUGAAUACGUUGUUGUUUCAGUUGAAUAGCUCGUUUUUUGGUUUACUAACUGCAAACGAAUUCCGAAAGCUCGUGACUGAAACAUUUUUAAUGGCACCACCAGCAUGCUCCCUAUUGGUGACGCUGAACAACGUCAAAUAUGCCGGCAAAUUUACGAAUCUGAACCGAUUUUUUGAGUUGCUCGACGCUGUUGAAGAGUGUGCGAUUGAAAGAAUAACACUGAAAAGUUUCGAUAAGCGACCUGAUGAUCCUGAAUGGUGCACGUUUGUGGAUGAAAUCGGUAGAUUAUUGUGGCAACUGCAAGAUCGUGUUUACAAUAUGACUGCGAAUAGCAAAUCUCGCACCUUCACGGUACUUCUGUUGUUUCAUAUCGUCUGA